ACCUGUCACUGCGCCUCCGGAAACUCUCUCGAGCUCUGGGCUCCCGCCCCCAUGCCCCCCGCUUGCGCUCCUGUCUCCCGCCUCCUCUAGCUCCCGCCUCCCUCCCCAGCAGCUCCUCCCCAUAAACUCCCCUCCUCAUCAGCUCCUCCCAGAUCUCCCCUCUCCCCGCUUUCUCUCUCCAGCUCCUCCCCGCCUCCUCGUUCCCCUCCCCCUCCGCCGCUGCUCCCUGCCCCCGCCGUCGCCGCGGAUCUCCGUCUCCGCAGUCUGGGCCGCUGGGUGCAGACGCUGCCGCAGACCCAGCGGCCACCGCCGCCUCCCUCAAUCCCAAUAUCCAUUGUCUCCCACCCCACCUGGCCCUCCACUUCCCUCACAACCAUGGCGCACGAAUCCGGGAGGAGCUCUCGUCUUGGGGUGCCCUGCGGGGAGCUGGCAGAGCUUGGAGGUGAUGCUAGCGAGGAGGAUCACCCCCAAGUCUGUGCCAAGUGCUGCGCACAAUUCACUGACCCAACUGAAUUCCUCGCCCACCAGAACGCAUGUUCUACUGACCCUCCUGUAAUGGUGAUAAUUGGGGGCCAGGAGAACCCCAACAGCUCUUUGGCCUCCUCCGAACCCCGGCCUGAGGGUCACAAUAAUCCUCAGGUCAUGGACACAGAGCAUAGCAACCCCCCAGAUUCUGGGUCCUCCAUGCCCACGGAUCCCACCUGGGGCCCAGAGAGGAGAGGAGAGGAGCCUUCGGGGCAUUUCCUGGUCGCUGCCACAGGUACAGCGGCUGGGGGAGGUGGGGGCCUGAUCUUGGCCAGUCCAAAGCUGGGAGCAACCCCAUUACCUCCAGAAUCGACCCCUGUACCCCCUCCUCCUCCACCACCCCCUCCGCCCCCAGGUGUAGGCAGCGGCCACUUGAACAUCCCCCUGAUCCUAGAAGAGCUACGGGUGCUACAGCAGCGGCAGAUCCAUCAGAUGCAGAUGACUGAGCAAAUCUGCAGGCAGGUGCUGUUGCUUGGCUCCUUAGGUCAGACGGUGGGUGCCCCUGCCAGUCCCUCAGAGCUACCUGGGACAGGGACUGCCUCUUCCACCAAGCCCCUACUACCCCUCUUCAGCCCCAUCAAACCUGUCCAAACCAGCAAGACACUGGCAUCUUCCUCCACCUCCUCCUCCUCCUCUUCCUCUUCGGGAGCAGAAACGCCUAAGCAGGCGUUCUUCCACCUUUACCACCCACUGGGGUCACAGCAUCCUUUUUCUGCUGGAGGGGUUGGGCGAAGCCAUAAACCCACCCCUGCCCCCUCCCCAGCCUUGCCAGGCAGCACAGAUCAGCUGAUUGCCUCACCUCAUCUGGCAUUCCCAAGUACCACGGGACUACUGGCAGCACAGUGUCUUGGGGCAGCCCGAGGCCUUGAGGCCACUGCCUCCCCAGGGCUCCUGAAGCCAAAGAAUGGAAGUGGUGAGCUGGGCUAUGCAGAAGUGAUGGGUCCCUUGGAGAAGCCUGGUGGAAGGCACAAAUGCCGCUUCUGCGCCAAAGUAUUUGGCAGUGACAGUGCCCUGCAGAUCCACCUUCGUUCCCACACAGGUGAGAGACCCUAUAAGUGCAAUGUCUGUGGAAACCGCUUUACCACCCGUGGCAACCUCAAAGUGCAUUUCCACCGGCAUCGUGAGAAGUACCCACAUGUGCAGAUGAACCCACACCCAGUACCAGAGCACCUAGACUAUGUCAUCACCAGCAGUGGCUUGCCUUAUGGUAUGUCUGUGCCACCAGAGAAGGCUGAGGAGGAAGCAGCCACUCCAGGUGGAGGUGUUGAGCGCAAGCCCCUGGUGGCCUCCACCACAGCACUCAGUGCCACAGAGAGCCUGACUCUGCUCUCCACCAGUGCAGGCACAGCCACUGCCCCAGGACUCCCUGCUUUCAAUAAAUUUGUGCUCAUGAAAGCAGUGGAACCCAAGAAUAAAGCUGAUGAAAACACCCCCCCAGGGAGUGAGGGCUCAGCCAUCAGUGGAGUGGCAGAAAGUAGCACAGCCACUCGCAUGCAGCUAAGUAAGUUGGUGACUUCACUACCAAGCUGGGCACUGCUUACCAACCACUUCAAGUCCACUGGCAGCUUCCCCUUCCCCUAUGUGCUAGAGCCCUUGGGAGCCUCACCCUCUGAGACAUCAAAGCUGCAGCAACUGGUAGAAAAAAUUGACCGACAAGGAGCCGUGGCAGUGACCUCAACUGCCUCAGGAGCCCCCACCACCUCUGCCCCUGCACCUUCAUCCUCAGCCUCUUCUGGACCUAACCAGUGUGUCAUCUGUCUCCGGGUACUUAGCUGUCCUCGGGCCCUCCGCCUUCAUUAUGGCCAACAUGGAGGUGAGAGGCCCUUCAAAUGCAAAGUGUGUGGCCGAGCCUUCUCCACCAGGGGUAAUCUGCGUGCACAUUUCGUGGGCCACAAGGCCAGUCCAGCUGCCCGGGCACAGAACUCCUGCCCCAUCUGCCAGAAGAAGUUCACCAAUGCUGUCACUCUGCAGCAACAUGUUCGGAUGCACCUGGGAGGCCAGAUCCCCAACGGUGGUACUGUACUCCCUGAAGGUGGACGAGCUGCCCAGGAGAAUGGCUCCGAACAAUCUACAGUCUCUGGGGCAGGGAGCUUCCCCCAGCAGCAGUCCCAGCAGCCAUCACCAGAAGAGGAGUUGUCUGAGGAGGAGGAAGAGGAGGAUGAGGAAGAAGAGGAAGAUGUGACUGAUGAAGAUUCCCUAGCAGGGAGAGGCUCAGAGAGUGGAGGUGAGAAGGCAAUAUCAGUGAGAGGUGAUUCAGAAGAGGCAUCUGGGCCAGAGGAGGAGGUGGGGACAGUGUCAGCAGCAGCCACAGCUGGGAAGGAGAUGGACAGUAAUGAGAAAGCUACUCAACAGUCUUCUCUGCCACCACUACCAGCACCUGAAAGCCUGGAUCAGCCUCAGCCAAUGGAGCAGGGAAGCCGUGAUGUUUCAGGAGGCAAGGAAGAGGGGGGCAAACCAGAGAGAAGCUCAAGCCCAGCAUCAGCACUCACCCCAGAAGGGGAAGGCACCAGCGUGACCUUGGUGGAGGAGCUAAGUCUGCAGGAGGCAAUGAGAAAGGAGCCAGGAGAGAGCAGUGGCAGAAAGGCCUGCGAAGUAUGUGGCCAGGCCUUUCCCUCCCAGACAGCUCUGGAGGAGCAUCAGAAGACCCACCCCAAGGAGGGGCCGCUCUUCACUUGUGUUUUCUGCAGGCAGGGCUUUCUUGAGCGGGCUACCCUCAAGAAGCAUAUGCUACUGACACACCACCAGAACCAGUACGUGGCAUUCCUGUUAAGUUGCCUGCCCAUGAAGCCCUGGAAUUCCAGCUCCACCUCCACUACCACUCCAAGCCCGGCCCCACCAGUGCUCUUUGGCCUAGGAACUGUGGCUGGGAAGGUGCCUCCAACAAUGGGAUCCAGGGAGGCCAAGGAGAAGACAGCCCCGCUCCUAUUUCAGCCUCCUGCAUCCAAGGCAGUGCCUGAGAGGCCCAUCGUAGACAAGAAGUAGCAAACCGUACAUCCCUUCUCCCUCCCUCUGCUCCAGAAGGUGCCGGUACCAAAGAUGCUCCAGUAAUUAGUGACAUAACCCUAGCAAGUAGGGAGAAAUGAAGGGUGCAGGACAAUUUUCCCAGUAAAUCCCUUGAUGGUCACAUUAAGGCAAAGGUGUUGGGUGUGCCAAGACUUCUCCAUCAUGGCCUCUCAAAGCUGGGAAAAAUUUUU